AAGCAACCUCUAGAUAAUAAAGUCUGAAAACAACCUGCGUGUGAAAGCGUGUGCCAACCCAACCAACCCCCCACCCCUCCACACUAUUGCAUUCCUUCCUCUACACACCUCUUUCUUUACAUGCCAAAUUAUGCAAACCUUUUAUAGAAUUGCACCUUCAGCCAUGGCUUCCUUCCCUUGUUCUAAGUCCCGGACAGGGGUUUGUGUAUGGCCUGGCAUGAGGCAACUUUCUCUUAGGAAGAAUCUCCUCUAUGGGUUUAUGCAGCUCUUUUCAAUGCCAUUCAAGACCAUACGUGGUGUUAGUCGAACACUUGGUGUUUCUAAACUCUGUAGCAUCACCAGUACCUCUUCAACUUUGCAAAUCGAACUGGUACCAUGUCUCCAGGAUAAUUAUGCAUAUCUAUUGCAUGAUGUGGAUACUGGUACAGUUGGUGUUGUGGAUCCUUCUGAAGCUGUUCCUGUUAUAGAUGCACUUAGUAGAAACAACCGUAAUUUGACUUAUAUUUUAAACACACAUCAUCACUACGAUCACACUGGUGGCAACAUGGAGUUAAAAGCAAGGUAUGGGGCAAAGGUAAUUGGAUCUGGAGUAGACAGUGAUAGAAUACCUGGUAUUGACAUAGCCCUAAAUGAUGGGGACCAGUGGAUGUUUGCAGGCCAUGAGGUGUUUGUCAUGGAGACUCCUGGUCACACACGAGGGCAUAUCAGUUUUUACUUCCCGAGAUCAAAAGCAAUUUUCACAGGAGACACACUGUUCAGCUUGUCUUGUGGUAAACUUUUUGAAGGGACCCCUGAGCAGAUGUUCUCUUCACUGACCAAGAUCACAUCCUUACCAGACGAUACAAAUGUCUACUGUGGCCACGAGUAUACUUUGAGCAAUUCAAAGUUUGCACUUUCUAUAGAACCUGGAAAUGAAGAAUUGCAGUCAUAUGCAGCUCAUGUUGCCAAUCUUCGCAAGAAAAGCUUGUCAACAAUUCCAACAACCCUCAAAACAGAGAAGCUAUGUAAUCCAUUUCUUCGAACUUCAAGUACAGAAAUCCGGAAGUUGCUAAACAUUCCAGACACUGCAGAUGAUGCGGAGGCCUUGGGAGCCAUUCGUCAUGCCAAGGAUAACUUUUAGGGCUGGCAUGGGAAUUUGGCGCCAUAAACGACUCAAUAUCGUGGCUUACCAUUGUUUGUAUAGGAAUAGUACAUGACCAGCCAAAAAGCAGAAAAGGAAUACCGGUUUCCUGUUCCUGUUCACACUUAGGUUGCCCAGUAUAGAUUAUACAACGAGAAGUGUUUUUUUAAGCAUUUUGUGCAUCAAGUUUGAAAUAUACUUUUGCAUUUUGUGAUAUAAAUGCUGUCCAUUUCUUUGAA